AUGGCUCGUCAUGAGUACAAGGACAAGCACAAUGCUUACCUUGAUCCCGUUUUGAUGGAGGCUGAUUACGAGGGCAAGCCGACUCCGGAAGAACUCCUGACCUUGCGCCGAGUUCCUGGCAGUCUACCAGUGGUGGCCUACCUUAUUUGUAUUGUCGAGUUCUGCGAGCGUGCCUCGUUCUACGGUGUACAGCCGUUGAUCUCCAACUUCGUGAACCGACCUUUACCUAAGGAUGGCAAUGGUUUCGGUGCCCCCAAAAGAGGUACCCAGGAUACCGCCGGUGCCUUGGGCAUGGGAACUGUAGUAGCCAACGCUGUUACUCAGUCUUUCAACUUCUUGGCGUACGCUCUCCCUCUACUUUUCGGUUAUCUCGCCGAUUCGCGAUUCGGUCGAUUCAAGAUUAUUUGUUACGGUGUCGGAGUGUUCGGUGUCGCCCACGUUCUCAUGGUCGGUGCGGGUUCUAAGCAGCUUCUUGCGAAUGGUACAGCCAAGGUGCCAUACUUCCUGUCCGUUUAUAUCCUGUCGGUCGGUGCGGCCAUGUUCAAGCCCAAUGUUUCGCCGUUAUUGCUUGAUCAGGUGACCAACACCGUCCCCAAAGUCAUCACUCUUGCCAGUGGUGAGCGCGUGAUCCAAGACCCGGAAUCCACAACUGAGCGCGUCAUGUUGUGGUUCUAUCUUCUGAUCAACGUCGGUGGCUUUUUCGGUGUCGCUACUUCAUACGCUGAAAAAUACGUUGGAUGGUGGUUGGCUUUCCUCCUUCCUCUUCUGCUUUACAUCCCUCUGCCAUUCCUCCUCUGGUUCCUUUACAAACGACUGAUCCUUCACCCUCCCGGAGGAAGUGAUCUUGCCAAUGUAUUCCGUGUUCUCGGUGUUGUCUUUCGCCGUGGAGGUAUCAAGAGAAUUGGUCGUGGUGGAUUCUGGGAUCUCGCCAAGCCUAGCGAAAUUGCGAAGGCUGGUUUGAACAUCCAGACUCAAUGGAAUGAUGCCUUUGUCGAUGAUGUCCGACGUACCUUCCAGGCGACCGGUAUCUUCUCCUUCUUCCCCAUCCAGUACCUCAACGAUAACGGUAUUGGUUCAGCUGCCAGCUUCUUGAGCACUGCUCUGAGGACUGACGGUGUGCCAAACGACGUUAUCUCAAACUUCAACUCUCUCAGUAUCAUUGUCUUCGCGCCCAUCCUAAACUAUGGUCUAUACCCCGUGCUACGGAAACUAAAUAUUCACUACGGACCUGUUGCCCGUAUCACGACGGGUCUUGCCCUAUCUACCAUUGGCGGUGUUGGUUACACUGUUAUCCAGUACUACGCUUACAAGCUUUCGCCUUGUGGUGACAUGGCUACUCGCGACUGCCAAAUUGAACCCAAGGUCGCCAACAUUACCAUUUGGUGGAUGGCUAUACCAUACGCUAUUGGUGGUAUUUCCGAGUUGUUUAUCAACGUUCCUGCUUACGGUAUUGCCUACUCACGUGCUCCUGUCAACAUGAGAGGUCUCGUGUCUGCUAUCAACUUGUUCAACACUGCUAUCGCCUAUGCUAUUGGUCUUGCUGCUUCGUCAGUCAUUACCGAUCCUCACUUGAUCUGGGACUUUGGUGGCUCAGCUAUUGCUGGUGGUAUCCUCACCGUCAUUUUCUACUUCACCUUCCGCCACAUCGACAAGGAGGAGUACGUUCUUAGUCAGAACCAGGAUGCCCACCUCGAUUCUACCGGCACCACUAAUGUCGUUGGUGAAAACGAGCUCAACAAGAGCAUCAACCGUCCGGCUCCUAUUGCCGACAACGAGGAAAUGAUGAUCUCUCAGAAGCAAUAA